CCAACUCUCUCUCUCUCUAAACACAAACACACACAGUCACACACACAAACACAGAGAGGGGAACACGCCGAACUAAAUGAGUGCGACGCAUUCACGAAGAACGUCCCGUCCGCAGUGAUCAGAGGAAACCUUUUUCUCCAAUCUUAAAAAACUAAUCCGACGCAAUUCAAUCCAUUUCUCACCAAAUCAUCACUGGAUCGCGAAUCGCUGACGAAUUCGGUUUCAUUAUGGUGAAGAAAGGGGUGCCUGACUGGCUCAACAGCUCCCUCUGGUCGACACCCAAUCCACCGCCGUCGCCGCCCCCCAACGACGCCGUGAAGCCCUCACCUGCCCCAGUGGUCCAGCCACCGCCUCCAGUGCCCCCACCGGAGCCUCCGGCUGCUUCUUCUGUUGCCAGUGCUGCGAAGACGGAAAUCAGGGAUCCGCUGAGUAGCACUUACUGUAGUAAUAGUAGUGUUUCUCACAGCGACGAAGAAAAUGGAAGCUCCUCGGCCAAUUCUACAGUGUCAGGUGGCGGAGCGGCUGUGGCACCUGCCCCGGCGCUUCCUGCUGCGGAAGUUAUCUCUAGGCAGACUCAGCUUCUACAAGAGCUGUCAAGGAAGGUUAUAAUUAUGGGAGAACUGAGGAGGUUAGCAUCAGAAGGCAUACCUGAUGGAGCUGGAAUUCGCUCAAUCGUGUGGAAGCUAUUGUUGGGGUAUCUACCUCCCGAUCGCUCUCUUUGGCCUUCAGAGUUGGCCAAGAAACGUUCUCAAUAUAAACAUUUCAAAGAGGAGUUAUUAAUCAGUCCUUCAGAUAUUACGAGGAGGCUGGAAAAAUCAAGUCAUGAGAAAAAUGAACCUGAUGGCAGCCCAGGUUUCCUCUCAAGAUCGGAAAUAACUCAUGGAGAGCAUCCCUUGAGUCUUGGACAAAGCAGCAUAUGGAAUCAAUUCUUUCAGGAUGCUGAAAUCUUGGAACAAAUUGACAGAGAUGUCAACCGUACUCAUCCGGGCAUAAACUUUUUCUCCGGGGACUCAGCUUUUGCUAAAUCCAACCAAGAGGCUUUAAGGAAUAUUUUAAUUGUAUUCGCAAAACUCAACCCUGGAAUAAGAUAUGUACAGGGGAUGAAUGAACUCUUAGCGCCUUUAUACUAUGUAUUCAAAAAUGAUCCCAAUGAGGAAUAUGCGGCUUCUGCUGAAGCAGAUACUUUCUUCUGUUUCGUGGAGUUGAUAGGCGGAUUCCGGGACAAUUUUGUUCAGAAGCUUGAUAAUAGUGUUGUGGGGAUUCGUUCCACCAUUACAAGAUUAUCACAGCUUUUGAAGGAGCAUGAUGAAGAACUAUGGCGGCAUCUUGAGAUGACAACAAAAGUCAAUCCCCAAUUUUAUGCCUUUCGGUGGAUAACCCUCCUUUUGACCCAAGAGUUCAAUUUUCCUGACAUUCUCUUAAUCUGGGACACGCUUCUGAGUGACCCUGAAGGUCCUCAGGAAACACUACUCCGAGUUUGUUGUGCAAUGCUGAUUAUUGUGCGUAAGCGCCUGCUUGCUGGUGACUUUACAUCUAAUCUAAAGUUGCUCCAAAACUACCCAUCAACAAACAUCAGCCAUCUCCUCUACGUUGCCAGCAAGCUUCGAGCUUGCCCGGCAGGCUGAAAUAGUUACCCUUUACAUUACUUGGCAUACUGAUCUGUGUGUCGUCAUGUUUCAGUUAUAGUACUCCAAUUGUUGUUAUUUUGUCUGAUAUUUAUUGUAAGAAAGUUUAGGUGUAAAUGUCAUUUGAUUUGACCGCAUGAAGAUUCUUUGUUUCUUUGUAUUAUCUUAUAUUUUGUAGCGCUACAGCAAGAAAGGAAAUGUUUGUGCAAGUUCUGGAUUUUGAUAGAUUUAAAAAGAAAGAUUUUGUUAGUAUCAUUCAACUCAAA